AUGACAUGCCCGUUUACCACCCACGAAGACCACUCAACAGACUGCCUAUCCGCACAACACCCUCAUCUAUCACCUUCAGACGACUUCAAGUAUAACGACUACAGCGACCUCACCGACCAAUACACGGAGCCCUACUCAAUCACUUCACGGCAUCAGACCAUUGCCCUUUUGACUCACCCAUUGGGCAAUUCUGAUUCACAAGGCUACUCUUUCUCCGUGGACCAGAAAGGAGCCUAUUCGGUUGAUGAUGAUGCAGAGGAGGAUGUUGAAAUAGAACCCUCGAACCAUGGCUACCCAUCAGCGCUGAAGCAAGAGAAGACGGUUGACACCAGGAGUUGUUGGGCCAAAAUUUUUCCUGACUCUUGGCCAUGUCGGCUGUUUGUCCUUACUGUGGUGAUCGAGACUGCAGUGGAUUUAGCCAUCGAAGGCGACUUGCUCGUCCUAUUAGCGGAUUAUUCCAUGAAACUGGAAGUAUAUCUCAGCGUAUUCGUGCUUGCUCACGUCUUCCAAUUUAUCACGGCAGUCGAUGCAGUGUAUGCACGCAAUACCCUGCAAUUUUUGUCUCUCGUCAUAUUCAACCUUUUCUUCCUGUUAUAUGCCAUCAUUGAAAUCAUCGAAAUCAAGAACUCGGUCACACCUUGGGCCACCACGUCGGCCGGGAUCCUGCAUGUACCACUGAACGUUCUCACUGACAUGAUACCUGUCGUCAUAUCCGCUGCGGAGAUAGCAUACAUCGCUCUUGGUUGGAAAAUUUACCAAGAAUUCGGCUGGAAGGCGUAUAAGUUUCUGGGCAGUGGCGAUCGACGCAUCCAGAAAAUGUAUGCCACGCACCAGAUUUUCGAAUGCCUUGUCAAGUUCAACGUCUUCUUUUGGGUCGGUUUCUGUGUGCAAUUCAUAUGGCUAAUCUCCCAGAAUCACAACUGGGAGUACUACGUCACCUGGGCUGCUACCCCGACAUCAAUUCUCCUCCUCGUCAUAGGCCACCUUGCCGCACGUUACGAGAAGAAGUGGAUGAUGGGAACGUUCAUAUUUGGAAGUAUUGGUGCCCUAGCCUAUUGCAUAUACAAACUUUUCCGUGUUCUUCAGAACCGGGAGAUGGAAUACUAUGCCUUGUACUGGAAAUCGCUUACCACUUUUUCUGCAAUCACGAUUGUCCUUCUCGUCAUGAUGAUCGUUUUUUCGAUCAUCAUGAUGCGCAAUUUUGGUGGAGGACUAAAGGAAUCGAUCGCAAGAAGUAAAAACCGCAUACAGAGAGGUCGCUCCGAGCACUUGAAUCGAGGACCGAUGAGCACAAAUCGAAAUCGGAUGACUCUCGAUUGAAGGUGCGUGCCGUCACCCGUGUAAAUCAAAGUCAUGGACUUGCUGGUAUUCUACAGCUAUAUACCAUUCUUUCGAAAUUCAUGCAACUACAGUAUCUCUAGAGUUCUUAUGACCUUCAUGUUGGAUCGUGCAAUCAUAUUGUGAUUCGAAGCGAUCCUCUUGUCCUUCC